GUGUAUGAACAGAAAAUAGUUCAGGAAGUACAGCAUUAACGCAUGCUUUUAUUUUGAAAGUGCUUCCGGCUCCUGCGUGGCUCAGAAAUACGUCAUUCUAAAAAUGCGGAAAUCCUGAAAUAGCUCGUCGCGAAAAUCAAGCCUUCCUUUCAUUCAUCGACCUGUUUUUUCACCAGUAGUAAAUAUUUCGUUUCCUGUCACCAAGAUGCCUUUAACAUUUGAGCUUUGCCCCGGACGAAUGAUCGGAGGAGACCACCCUUGUUUCAUCAUAGCUGAAAUCGGACAGAACCAUCAAGGAGACAUUGAGAAAGCCAAGAAAUUGAUAAAAAUGGCAAAGGAGUGUGGUGCCGACUGCGCCAAGUUCCAGAAGAGUGACCUGGCGCACAAAUUCAAUAAGCGAGCUUUGGAGCGUCCGUACGACACCAAAAACUCCUGGGGCAAAACGUACGGCGAGCACAAGCGUCACCUGGAGUUCAGCCACGACCAGUACAAGGAGCUGCAGGAGUAUGCUGAGGAGGUGGGGAUCUUCUUCACAGCCUCAGGGAUGGACGAGAAGGCAGUGGAGUUUCUCCAUGAACUCAAUGUGCCUUUUUUCAAAGUGGGAUCUGGAGACACCAACAACUUUCCCUAUUUGGAGAAAACUGCCAAGAAAGGUCGACCCAUGGUGGUGUCCAGCGGGAUGCAAUCGAUGGAGACGAUGCGCCAAGUCUACAAGAUUGUGAAGCAGCACAAUGAAAACUUCGCUAUCCUUCAGUGCACCAGCGCCUACCCUCUGGAGCCUAAAGAUGUCAACCUGAGAGUGAUCACGGAGUACCAGAAGGAAUUUCCAGACAUUCCCAUUGGGUAUUCUGGCCAUGAGUCUGGAAUCAGUAUCUCAGUGGCAGCGGUGGCUCUGGGAGCGAAGGUCAUCGAGCGUCACGUAACACUGGACAAAAAAGCCAAGGGAAGUGACCACGCAGCUUCACUGGUGAAGUCUGAACUGGAAGAACUAGUUCGCUCCAUCCGACUGGUGGAGAUAGCGCUGGGGAGCAACGUCAAGCAGAUGUUGCCCUGUGAGAAGCCGUGCCACGACAAGUUGGGAAAGUCCGUGGUGGCCAAGGUGAAGAUUCUUAAAGGAACCGUCCUGACUCUGGACAUGUUGACAGUGAAGGUGGCCGAACCCAUGGGCGUUGCAGCCGAGGACAUCUUCCAACUGGUGGGAAAGACGGUGACGGAGGACGUGGAGGAGGACGAGAGCGUCCUUCCAGAGGUGGUGGACAGCUACGGCAAAAAGGCCAAGUGCUGAAAACGAGAGGGAUUUAAAAUGGUUGCAGGUUCACUGAGGGUUGUGAGGGUAAUUUAAUUCGGUGAUGGUGGGAUUUCUGACAUGAAUCAUUAAUCAUCUGAUCACAAAGGUUUCCUUAGUUCUCCUGAGCCAAACAUCAUGCUUCAAAAGUGGCCUUAACGUGACUUUUUUUGUGGGAUUUUGGCUCAAAUAUGAUCAGAGCCUGUUCUCUUAGCAGCUACUGGGCUCUUCACCAUCCACUGAGACGUUCCUUUCAAAACGGCCUUGUGUUCUUAAAUCUUUUAAAGCGAUGCAAAACCAGACAGUUGGGAGCCAAACAGAACUUCAUGUCAAACAUAGUUACAUUUAUAACAUCUAGUGUGCUAUUUUGAAACAUUUGUUUUGGCACUGCCAUAUUUGUGUUUCUGUUUUACUGAAGUUUUCUUGUUGAAGCUCAGGCACUGACAGCAUUCUGCCAUCAGGAAAUGAAAAUAAAGAACAUUAGUACACCUGCGUGAUGUCGGCAUUAUGAUAUCUGAGUUAGGAGAUGUUCUGGGAAAAUAAACCUCAUAAUAACAGGGUUGCCGCGGGGUAGUAAAAGGUAGUAAAUUCAACUCUAGGAUUCUUGUAUAAACCCUGAAUAAAGUGUUGGUCAAUACUGGUA